GACGUCAAGCUCGCCCAUACGGCUAUCGAUCUCCAACUCUGCUUGACACGUUAUCUCGCACAAACCUGUACUGUGCUCAUCUCACACCAAGUAAUAUCACGCAAGAAAAAGAUCUGCGACGGGUUCCCUAUAAACAAUUGCCGCGGAUUCUUACAUACAGAACAGGAAGGACAGCGAGUUCUUGCAGGACCUGACCUACGGAGAGAUACAUCUUGUGUUGGGAUACAUCACAGCAUUGGACUGCGGAUAAAUACGAACAAAUACGAAUAGAUACGAACAAUAUAUACACGCAAUACAUACCGGGUGGGCACAAUCUCCCAGAUCCCUAGGUCUAUCUAUCUACGACUCGCGAAUUCCCUCAGCAUUCCCUCACGCACCACUUGCUUGCUCUCUACUUAUCUAUCUAUACAUCCAUAUCUGUAUCUGUAUCUGUAUCCAUAUCCAUAUCCAUAUCCAUAUCUGCAUCUGCACCCAUCUCUAUACCCACAUCCAUCUCUACAUCUACGCCCUCACACGCUUCACACGCUUCACACUCCCUCCCAGCAAAAGAGACCCUCUCCAACAGCCACAUCUACACAUCUGCCCCCGUCUCGUUCUAGCCGCAACUUUAUUCAUUUAUUUAUUUAUCGCUUGCCUCUUUCUUUAUCUCUCCUCUCCAGCCUGCAACAAGGUUCCUUCAUUUUCCAUUCCUUGGAGACCCCUGGCAAGAAAAAGACACUUGUUAGACACCUCAUCUCGAUAUCCCUACACCCCGCUCCACCCACUCCAAAAACCGGCCUUUGCUUUCGCUUACUGUUCCCUUCCCUUCGACUCAUCCUACUUACUCUUUCUUUGCCUUUCCACCUCCCGACUCAUCCACCUCAUACCUUCAACUCCACAUAUGUGCGUACGACAAUACUGGCUACAAUCAUCGUCGUUCGCAGUUAACUUCCUCCCUUCCCCCCUCCUCUCUUUUACCUCUUCUCCUCUUUCUAUACUUUCGACUUCAUAACUCAUCAACAAUCAAUCCAUCCCGACCGAGCCACCCUUUCCAACUCUUGACGAACACUCUACCCUCUUCUCUCCCUUUCCAUCGCCCAUUCCUUUGAGAAAGCUCCAACCACCAUCACUUGUUUCGUUCUGCGUCACACUGCUUGCUACCACGGCAACAACUACAUUCCCGCACAUUCACAAGGCUUUGCAGAUCCUGUUGUAAUCAUCAACUUCAUCAAAGGUCAACCGCAUUCUUCCACCUCUUGAUCGAUCAUCCUUCUCUCCUGAUUUACCUCCCAACGAGCUCCUCUUGUCGUCAACCUACAAUUUCGAACAUUGGCAGAAGAAGAGUCAUAUCUUCUACUUCCUUGUUCUACAAAUAACCCAAAAUAAACACAUGAGUUCCAAGUCAACAUUGAAGCGUUUAUCACGAUAGCCAACCUGAUCAUCUCCGAUCUGUGAUACACACGCCGCCCAAGUCUUCUGCUGCAAGAUCAUUCACUCCCGAUCUGUGCAAGUCAUUGAUCGCAUCUGCUCUACCAUAUCAGCACGCCACCCUUUCUCGAUAUUGCACAAUUGAUUGACUUCAAUUGUGUGAUUGCUUUAUUGAUUCGACCCACCAAAUCGACAUCACCCCUCAAUCCACCCGUGCGUUAAGUCGUACUACUCGAGGAACCUUCGAAACCUCAGACACUCGUUCUAUCAACGUCUGACUCCUAUGUCAGCAUAACGAUUUUCAACUCUUUCCUUAUUCUAUUUUAUUACCAGACCUCAAGUCUCUCUUCUUUGUCCCAUUUAACGAACAAAUUCAAUAUAUCUCUUUUGUCAAAGCGUAUUCGAAAUACCCCUAUGAGCCUCUGAACACCCUACUUCUACGAUCCGGAGUUAUUCACCAGUUAUCAUUUUCUUUUUUUAUCGGCGGUUAGGAUACAUUUAUAUAGCGUUGCGAGUUUGUUUUUAUUGCCCAUACACCUUUUAUCGCCUUGCUUCAUUCAGAUCGAACUACAACCUCAUUUAUUCACUCCGACAAUCAUCAAGAGCAUAGCUCUCCUUGUGCCACCAUCAACUUUGUUUAGAGAAGACAAAAGCUUUUACGAAUUCCACUUGUAUCUCUCGAUUCUUUACCUCUCAGGGCCCAAAAACAUUUCGGUUGUAACAGUAUUCAAAGCUGCUCUUUUGUUUUUAAGUUUAUUUAUUUAAUUUGCACACUUCACUCCUAUUCGACCUUCACACUUCUUUCUUCACUCAUACUUCACUACUUCAACCCUUCAUCCCAACAAUGGAGUGCUUAAGAGAGAAGUUUUACGACGGAGUCGUCCUUGAUGGACGUUUUGAAACGAUAUCCCCCCUCAACCAUGGUUCAUUUGGAAUGGUUUUCAUGGCGAAGGACCUAAUUACCAACGAAACCGUUGCUAUCAAGUGUUUGACCAAGAAAUCUGCCACAAUGACAGACGCCGACUCGUCAUUUGCCAUCGAUGAACACUCUGAAGAGUUAUCCUGCCAUGCUCGACUUGGCUCUCACCCAAACAUCGUCAACCUCAUCCACUCCUUCGAGACCGAAGCUCAUGUGUACAUCGUUCUGGAGUUUUGCUCCAGGGGUGACCUUUAUGAGGCUAUUCGAAAUGGCACUGGCCCUCUCGAAACGGAACAUGUCCGACAAUUCAUGCUACAACUUAUCGAUGCUGUUGCAUACAUUCACAGCAAGGGCAUGUACCAUCGUGAUAUCAAGCCCGAAAACAUUUUCCUUACCCAAUCAGGAGAGAUGAAGCUUGGUGACUUUGGCCUUGCAACUUCCGAGAAGUGGUCAUAUGAAACCACCGUAGGAAGCGACCGCUAUAUGUCUCCAGAACAGUAUGACUCUGCUGGCGCAGGAUACUCUCCAGAGCAAGCCGAUGUCUGGGCCAUUGGCAUCUGUCUGUUGAACAUCUUGUUCUCUCGCAACCCUUUCACAACACCUACAGAGUCUGACCCGCUUUUCCUCGACUUCACUCGAGACAAGCAAUCACUCUUUGAUGUCUUCCCAACAAUGUCACAAGAUACAUAUGAGGUUAUUGCUCAAUGCAUGAGCCUCGAUCCUCGAAAGAGGUCACUUGCCGCUGCUCGUGAGGCCAUUGAGCGUGUACUUAGCUUUACAACAUUUGAUGAGUUCGCCGAUGACUUCAGCUCUGCUGAUCGACGUGGUAUCCCCAGCUCAAACCGUGAGCCAUUGCGUACACCUUCCAUCCAAAGCCCUCAACUCGAUGCGGGUGCAUCUUUCCCUUGGGCCAAGGCAUUGCACGCCAGCCCACCUCAACAGUUCCGCCAGCUCUCUGCCAUUCCAGAUGAAGACUAUGACUCAGAGGACCUCUUCCCCGGCUCCGAAACAAGCAACAAGGAUUGGUUCUCCAUUGGAGAACAAACUCCCUCAAUGGAAUCAAUCCUUGAUUCUUCUCUUGGAACUUCGAUGCAAUCUCUAGCCAUCCGCCGCCACAUGAAGUCUAGUCCUCCAAAGGCUAGUCUCACCCCCAUCUCUGGAUCCCUGCCAAUCGCCAUGGCAAAGCCAAUCCCAUUGCCAUCUAUGGCAUCAGUCUUUGGCAAGAAGAACGACAUGGUAUCCAAGAGUUGGGGUGAUCUCUGGGACGAAGAGAUGGAAGAAGAAGAAGAAGAGCUCGACAACCACUUCCAAGCCCGUCAAGAGGCUAACUCGCGAACUUGGAGCCACGAGAGCAAGACCAAUGAUGAUAAGGCUGGCAGAUCUCCAUUGGAACCUCACACCUCAUCAUUUGUCAAUAUCCCAAGAGUGGCACCUGGUCGUACAGUGGCUCACGAUAUUGAUGAGGAUUUGGUGCCCGAUGGCUUCUUUUUCCACGACACCCCUACUCAACAAAACUCACCUCGUUAUUCACCACCCUCAAAGAGGACUGCUUUCGAUAAGUGGUCUGCGCUCGGAGAUCGUCGAAGGGCAUUUGCCGGAGCAUCAGACUCUGAAAGAUCUAUUGAUGCGUGGAAGACCCAAAGUACUCCACGCCGGAACGUUGGAUUAGGUUUCACUGGUUUCGGUACAGGUGCUUGGGAUACUAAAUCGAAUAUUGUUAGUAAAGACAAGGGCAGAGAAUGUCCAUGGGCGCGGGCCAAGGGCCGAGAUCACCAUUAUCAGGACAAGCGGAAGGACAAGCAGUCGGAUCUCGGUGAUUUGGAGUGGGUUGGAGGUUGGCAUGACCUCCACUUGUAGUCAUACACUUUAGUUUUCUUUUUUUUCUUUUUCUCGGACAUACUACUCACACAAUUGCUUAUGGAGGAUCGAACAUCAUGGAAGAAGCUUUGUUCUUGAAUAUAUCGACAAGUUUUAUUAUAGGAACGCAAAGGAUGUGUCGAUAUUGGCUUUUUGGUGGGAGAGCUAGUGGAAAGAGAAAAGCUGAGAAAGGACUUUUAGAUAGGACUCGCUUUUCUGGUGGAUUAGAUAGAUUGUCAUCUCAAAAAACUUUUGUUGCGGAGGUGAAUGGCUUGAUAAAUACCAGAUAAUUACCCACUCUAUAAUUUUGUUUUCUUCA